AUGAGAGAUGCUCUGUCCUCUCUCCUUGCUCUCGACUCCUGGCUGGGUCGAUGGGUUUUGCAGAUCAUCGGUGCAGCCCUGAUCACUUGCAUGCGCAAUCAGGCGAUAAAAGGUGGACGAUCGCCAAGGAAAGAAGCAGUGCAGGUCAGCAAUGGAGGCUGUGGCAGAGGUGAGGAGACGCGGGAGAAGGUGGUGCCUGGUGUACACCGCCGCGCUUGCAUUAACCGACGCCUAGCAGCUGAUCGGAUCCAUAGGAAUAGAAGUCGAAAUCGAAAACGCUCGACGGAUGAGGGCGAUUUUGACGCCAUUCAUAGGCAGAAAUCCAAGAAAUUCAAACAACGAACGGGAGGUGGGUGGAGAUUCUGGCUGCCCGCUUCACUGGAGAUGGAUUGCGAAGUACUUUCCCCAGAUUCAUCUGUGGGAAUGGAUGUUCGCAGUCCAAUUAUUACGACGGAUCUCAGGCGAAAUAAUAAUCGCAUGGUCCGACCUCAACCCUUCGGGGGAAUCACUGGAAAAAACAAAAAAGAGUCAUCUUUGAUGUUGACAAAAGAUGCCCCUCCUCUAUGGUGCUUUAUCGCCGGCGAAAUCAGGUGCUCUCGGGCGUCCCAGACUGUCGUCGGCGGCCGAGCUCCCGAUUUGGAGAGAGAAGGGGUAGAUUGGGGCAGAGCUUUCCCGAAUUUCCCGAUCAGUUGGGGCGGGAUCGGGGAUUAUCUUUCAGUUUUCCAAAUCUGUCUCGUAACAUAA